AUGCAUCAGCAACUGUUAAAUGGAACAGAUGAAAUGCUGCGUACAAAUGACUACCAUCUACUUGUGGCGCAAAACUUCCUUUCUAACAUUUCGCUGGAUGGAACUCAUAAUGAUACGAAUUUGCAAUUUUUCGAGCGGAAGAUGGACAAUCAGGGAUCUCUGGCUUCUUUGAGAAGUGGUUCCUGUGAUUCCGGUUGUCUCGAUGAAGGUAUUACUCCGCUGAUAGGAGCGAAAACGCAGACAUCCGGAAAAAUUCAGUCGACGAACGAAAGUCCGAUGUGUUCAAUGUUGUCGGGAUUCUCAGCCUCAAGAAACAAACCUUCAAGAAAAUUUUCCAUCAUCGGGAAAUUUGUGAGAAUGGUAAGUUCAGACGAAGGUCUUAUUGUCGACAAGAGAAGUAUAGCCGAAGAAAAGAAGUACGAGUUGGGCUCACUGACUGAAGGAAAAACGAAAACAACAUCAGAGUUGUUUGACCAAAGUCUCGUUGAUGACCGAUCAGUUUCGCCUAUCUCUGUGACCCAGUUCGCCUUUCUUCGACGCCUGCGGACGUCUUUUGCUAAGGCUGACAGAUCACGAUCCUACUUAUGUGCGUCAUCGGGGGCUCCACUUAUUGUGAUUUCACACUUUUCUUUUCAACCAAAUGUCCGUGAUCGGUCUCGUAUUCGUCGUUCACGAUCUUCGAUCGGAAGCACGGAGCGGAUCCAGCAGAGCGCUGUUGCUGGUUCAGUGGAGGAACUUCGUCCUUUUGACUUCAAAGAUGUGGAGUACGUACAGUUCGAACAACUCGUUUCGAAACUCCGCAGAUCAAGUGUAAUGUCGCAGAGCGGUGUAGCGUGGAAAUCCCCUUGUAAGGAGGAAAGAAGAACCAGUGAUGCAGUCACUAGUCAGCUUUUAAACAAUUCUUCUCUCGCUGGGCAUGGCUACACCCGAGAAAACAGUGAACUACAUACUGAAAACAUUGGAGGUGACAGUGAUUCAUACCAACUCGAAGGUGAAGAUACUCGACGCAGUGAUUAUGAUCCGAUGAUGUUGGAUGAAAUUGCCUCAGCGAGUCGAACCAUAAUUCGUGUCAACGGGUUCAUCGGCGUGACCAAACUUUUCGCCUCUCCCCAGGCUUCGAAAGCUUCGCUAAAUGAUACCUUCGCAGAAAGGUUCCCUAGUAUUCACCUCACGUACAGCAAGCUCCGAAGCAUAAAACGAGAUUUAUGGCUUCUUGCGAAGGAGUGUGAUGUAGAUGAGUACACCCUCGCACAUACGUUCGUAUAUUUCGAAAGGAUAGUUUGUAGGGGUCUCAUUUCGAAGUACAAUCGGAAGUUUAUAGCUGGGGUAGCUUUUCUGAUUGCUGUAAAACUAAACGACUACAAAAAACCGGUCAUCGUGAAAGUAUUAGAGCGCGCUGAAGAGCACUUUCGGAUAUCGAGGCGAGAAAUGUUAUCUUUUGAACUCCCUGUGUGUUCAGCACUCCAGUUUGAUCUCUUCCCUCCAGCUCAUCAUGUGGAACCUCAUCUCAGAAAGAUCAUGUUCGGCGUGUUUUAG